AAAAAAAUUUAAUAAAAUUUAGUGCGGUAAAUAUUAAAAAGUCGAAGCAGCAAAAGAAAAUUAAAUAAUAUAUACCUUUGUCUUUAAAUGUGAAGAAAAAAGUUAUAUAGGACAAAGUGCAAGAUUUUUGUAGUUCGGACUCAAAAAAAAAAAGAAAAAAAAAUUUAAAAAUAAAAAAAAGCUCCGUAGAAGUGUACAAAGUCAGCAGCGUAGCAAGUGUGCAACAACGGGACGUGUGGUUAAAAGAGCAAAAGUGUUUUGCAACCAGUGGAUUAAGCAACAAAAUUUUAAUUAAAAGAAAAGUUUUUGCAGUAAGAAACUGACAUAUAAUGGAAAUAAUGCCGCAAAGAUACUUACUGCAAGCAGCUCUGGUGCUUGUAUACUGCAGCGUAGCUUUGGCGUGUCGCGGACAACUGUUGGUAUCUGGCCUCUCAUCUGGCGAACGUGAGAUCAUCCUGCACGAGCACAACAAGUUAAGACAACUAGUGGCGACAGGUCGCUAUCCAGGCCAACCGGGCGCAGAAAAUAUGCGUGAAAUCGUUUGGGACGAUGAGUUGGCGGCGCGUGCGCAACAGUGGGCUGAUAAUUGUGAAUUCCGUCAUGACCCCCUACGAACGAUCAAUCGCUUCACCAUGGGCCAAAAUCUUGCAAUCAUCUGGAGUACGGCCCCACUAGAUCCAACCGACGGCGAUUUUCCAUCGCGCAUCCAAAGCUGGUUCAAUGAGGUGCAAAGGUACUCAUUUGGCGAUGCUUGGUCACCCAAAACUGGUCAUUAUUCACAGCUGGUCUGGGGUGAAACAAGCUUGGUUGGUUGCGGAUUUUCCGAAUACAAAGAUACAACCAAAUAUAACAAAUUGUAUGUUUGUAAUUAUGGACCAGGUGGAAACGUCGUCGGUUACAAACCAUAUGAGGAGGGUAAGCCAUCGUGUGCCACAUAUGGUUUGAGAUCGUCAGCGCGUUAUCAGGGAUUAUGCGCACCAUCGGUUGCGCCCAUAGUUAGCGCCAACGCUAUUGACACGUAUGAGUACAAGCAAAAUAACAACAACAAAAAAACCGCAUAUUCAACGCAAUCCGCUACAACUUCAACCUCUUCUUCCUCCUCCUCUUCUGUAUAUUCCCCAAAACAGGCGACGAACACAUUUGGUCAGCGUAAGACUACAUCCGGUACAACAAGUUCAACGUUUGGUACCACAGUAUACACAACAACAAAUAACGGCAACAAGGCGUACACAACUCAGACCGGUGACAACAAAUAUAAGAACAAACUUGAGGCAUAUCGCCCGUCCACAGCCGAAUAUCAGAGGGCCGUACAGAAACACACCCUUCUAAGGACAUAUCUAAAUAAUCCGAAUUUGAGUGAACAACAAUUGCAGCAAGAGGCACAAAGGCAACAACAACAGCAAGAUGGUAAUGGAAAUGUUUCUGCUGUAUCAGAAGUAUUCGUUUUCGAUAAAACAAAACAAAACAAACAGCAAGUUGCCAAUACAACACCGCAGCCGGCUAAGCGUGGUUGGAGUCUUUUGACGUGGCGUGGCUAGAUAGUAGCAUGUGGGAGUAGGGUAUAGCCAUUAGUAUAUAGCAUAUACAUACACACAUAGAUGGAAUGAAAAGUGGAGGACAGAGAAGUACUUUUUUAAGGAAAAAAUUGCAAUUAAUUUUGGUUAAGGCAACAGGGGAGGCAGCCACCGUGAAUUACUACUGUGUAGUAAAGGAAGGAGAAAACUUCAGUGGUAUGCCAUAAAAAAUGCAAUUAAAAAAAAUACUCUACAUUGAAGAGAUCUUUUUUCGACUGCAGUAAAUUUGUUUGCCUUUGAGUAGCCAUUAAAAUCGUAAUGCAAUAAUGAAAAUAAUAUUCCUAAUUUUGCUCAAAUUAAAGUUUACUAUUAGUAUAUAUUUAUGUAUGUAGAUAUAAGUCUUAUGCCAAAUGUACGAAUUUGACAUACAUACACAGUUUUCAUUAGUUCGUAAGUAGUUAUCGAUUGUUAGAUGUAAAAAGUAAUGCAGUAUAUUCACACAUACACACACACACACAUACAUACGUAUGUACUUAUUUGCAUAUUUUGACUGCCCAAAAGGCGUUUGCGCGCCCAGUUUUAGCCACAGCCACGCAAAAGCUGAAUCGAAAACAAUUCCGAACUACUAAGUAUUCACAUAAGCCACCAGCCACACAAGGGUAUAGCCAUAUCAUUUGCCAUAACCGCGUAGGUGGACGCCAAGCAGCACACCCUUGUACUCAGGAACAACGUUUCGCCUGCAUUUAGAUUCUUCAUCUUAAAGCAUAUGCGCUCAUCUAAACACUUAUGUAUUAACAAAUCAGCAAAGUUGCCACUGCAUCGCGUCAUUCUCUUGUGGAAAACUGCCAUUCGCGAUCAGCACACAUUAAUGCGCAUUUUGUAGUCAAUUAUCACAUAGUAUUUAGUAUUAGUAAGAUAAAAAAAGAAACAUAAACAAAUGCAUUCACAUACAUAUAUAUGCAUAUAUCAGUGUAAGCUUACAUAUGUACACACAAAUACUUGUACUAUACAAAUGUUUGUAUCAAACGUUUGUACCCACAUCUGCUUAAAUAUAACAAUAGCGACCACAUUUUAGACAAAAGUAAUAGCUUCUAAUCAGAAUACUGAAAAAAAAAAUAUUCUAUACAUACACACUUCUGAAGAAUAAGAUGGAUAUGUUUGCUAAAUUGUAUGCAAAGAUAACACAUCGAGCGACUUUGCAUAGUCUCUGCAUUAAUAAAAUUUUACCAAUGUACAUUUUAUUUUAAAUGAAAUUUUUAUACAAAAUAUAUACAGCAUGAAUAAAUUUUAGUUCAUGUGAAGAGCGCUGUAUAAUGUAAUCUUGCGGAAAUUAUUAA